UCUCAGUCAUCGCAGGUGCUUAUGACACUGUGAACAUUUUGUCUCGUUCACCGACACUUCUCCGUGUCGAUCAGCUGUUUUUCACCGAGUCGCUCCGCAGUUACUCCCCGUUUUUUUUUUUUCCAAGUUCACUUUGAGACCGGGAGAUCCUGCAGAGAUGUCCGACAACGGUGGCUCGGCUGUCGGCCUUCUGUCCUACGAGACGCUGGUCCAUGCUGUGGCAGGAGCAAUGGGGAGUGUGACAGCCAUGACUGUCUUCUUUCCUUUGGACACGGCCAAAAGCAGAUUGCAGGUGGAUGACAAGCGGAAGUCCAAGUCUACGCCUGUUAUUCUGGCUGAGAUAGCAAAGGAAGAAGGCUUGCUGUCUCUGUACAGAGGCUGGUUCCCAGUCAUUUCCAGCCUUUGCUGCUCCAACUUUGUUUACUUCUACACAUUCAACACGCUGAAGAAGGUGGCUGCAUCAGGACCAGGAAAACCCAGACCAAGCAAAGAUCUGAUGAUGGGAAUUAUAGCAGGGGCGGUGAACGUGAUCCUGACGACUCCCAUGUGGGUGGUCAACACUCGACUGAAGCUGCAGGGGGUGAGAUUCAGAAACGAAGACCUCCACCCAACCCAGUACAGAGGCAUAUUUGAUGCUUUCUCGCAGAUUAUUUCCAACGAGGGAGUGGCAACCCUGUGGAACGGCACCCUGCCGUCUCUCAUCCUCGUCCUCAACCCGGCCGUGCAGUUCAUGAUUUAUGAGGCCAUGAAGAGGAAGGCAGGAAGAGGAGGAAGAAAGAUAUCCUCUGCAAAGAUCUUUCUCAUUGGAGCUGUUGCCAAAGCCAUCGCCACCACAGCGACGUACCCGCUCCAAACAGUCCAGGCCAUCCUGAGGUUCGGUCAGUACAAAGGUGAUGGAAAGCACGGUCUGAUGGGGAGCCUCUCCACUGUUUUCUUCCUGUUCAUGGAGAGGAUCAAGACGCACGGCUUUCUUGGUUUGUACAAAGGCCUGGAGGCCAAGCUGCUGCAGACGGUGCUGACGGCGGCUCUCAUGUUUGUUGUUUACGAGAAGAUCACUGCUGCUACCUUCAAAGUUAUGGGUCUGAACAAAAAGCUGAAGCACUGA